GUUGCCACUUUCAGAUGCACAUGAUUGCAACCAUGACUGGUCCUACUUCUUUAGAGAUAAAAUACAAAACAAUCUAUGUAUAUGUGGUCCCUUACUUCCUACUUUUGUUACUGAUAUCUUAUAGGCAAAUAAAAUUUCCACAAUAAUUUUAAACUAUACACAUGUUUAAAGAGAAACUAAUACAAAUUAUUUUUGAUGAGUAGAUGAAUCAUUAAUGAGAUGAAUGUACUUGUUUAAGCAAAAUAAAUUUGGCAGAUUUAUUAGUAUAUGUCCGGUACAUACGCGGUAAAAUCCUGAUUAUGUCUUUUCAGAUUUUUGGACCACUGUAGUCUUUCUCCUCGAGUGGAAAGCAAGUUGUAACAUCUUGACCGAACAUGGCUAAUGAAUCUUCUACGCUCGUUGAUUCAGUUUGUAAACUCUAUUUCGUAUGAUAGCGGUGUGUUAAUUCUUUGAAAGUUCAAAAAACUUGUUUAUUGAUUCUAUAAUUAUCACAUGUCUUUUUCUUUAUUUAUUUCGAACUUAAAAAAAAUUGUCAGUUGCUAUUUUGUAUCAAAAUAUUUAUACCAUCCAGUGCAUAAACAAAAUACACUUUUUAUUAAACAAACAUUUUAUUAAAUUCUAUUAUUUUUGAAAUAUGAUAGUAAAUUACAGAAAUUUAAUAAUUUGAGUGUAUUAUAUCUUUAAAUUCAAUUUUAACGUAAAAAAAUUAAAUAUAUAUUUAUGAAAAGUUCAAAAAUCAAAUUAGUCCACAUUAAUAGAAACUAAAAAUAAAUAUCUUGGUGAUCAAAAUAAAUUUUAAAAGAAUAAUUUUACCCUUUUAAAGCUGAUGUCAAAGUCUAGCUUAUAACCCCCGAGUUCGCAAGCCACAUAAGCAAAGAUCAAGCAUAUCCUACACAAAAAUAAAUAAAGAAACCAAACAAAACAAAACAUUUUUGCUUGACUAUAUUCAAUUUUCAUAUGAAUAUUUGUUUGUUUUCUUGUAUUCAAAGCGUAAACUUAACCAAAUUUAGCUCAUAACCUGGUCUUAAUACCACAUUGAAGAGCCACAUUGGUAUUUAUAUUAAACAAAAUAUCAGCUUUGUUUUUUUCUAAUUAAUUGUUGAACUAAAAAUAUUUUCAGUACAAUAGUCAAUAGAAUAACAUGUUUAUUAUGUUGAUAAAUAAAUUGAUUUGUUCUUGGCGUGACCGAACAAAUUAUACAAUUUUUAAUCCAAAGAAUUUUUUGUAAUAUAUAAAUUGCUUCAUCACUUAAUGUAUGGUCACUUAAUUUGACACAAAUGGUCAGAGUUCUAAAUCCAUUUGAAAACCAAUUUAUAUCUAAUAUAUAUUCUAUUAAUUGCGGACAUUACCGCAUUUACCAUUAAAUGAACAUAUUCAGUUAUGUAUAUAUAUGUCUGUAUAUUCGAAUUUGCAUGAUAUUCAAAUCAAUGAAUUAUUGUUUUACAUUAUGAAUGGGUAUAUAGUCUACAUAAGCAUCAUCAGAAACUCACCGGCCUAGCGUCAGACCUAAAUAUUUAGGAAUUAGGAAGAAAUUAAAUAACGUAGAACCAUCAUCAUAACCUAACAUUUUUCUUGGAUGAGUCUGAAUCCACUAACCAUUACAGUACCAAAUACUUGGAGCCUAACGGAGGGUUGACGAGAAAUGACACCUUUCUUCAAUUCUUCUUUAAUAAAUUGUCGAGUCAUCAAUUUUAUCAUUACUCAAUUUGGACCCCAUCAUCUCCAUAUUUUCCUGAUGUGGGUCCCUAAUCAACCGCAGCCAAGAGUAUAAAUUAAUUUGCUGAUUGUAUAAUUACAAGAUUCUACGUUGCGUAUGUCAGCCAAAUGCGUUGUCGUUUCUUUUUUGUGUUUUCUGCGCUUAAAAUAAUACUUCACGUUCACAGUUGGAGACUAAGUUGGGAAGAAAGAGUUUUGCGAUGCAGUGAGACGCAUGUUACUAUAUUACUAAUCGAUUGAGAUCGAUGUUUGGAAGGAAUCGUGUUUAAGGGUGUAAUGUAAUUACUAUACUAAUCCAAAUAUAUAACUACUACUAACAUAUGUGCUAGUCACUAAGUAGUGAUCUUCUCAUUUCGCCAACUAUAAGUCAGCAUUAUAUUCUAAUCUCCGGCUUUUAUGUAUACAUAGUCAUCUUGAUUAUUAGAUAUGAAGUUGUGUUUGAAUGGUUUGAUGCUAUACUAAUUUCAUGGAUGGAUGAUUUGAACUUUAUGAUGUCUAAUACAAACUAAUAGUGUUCGCUUAGGUUAGAUGUAUCCUUUGUUCUUCAUAAUAUCUAUAUGACUUUUAAUCAAUAUGUUAGGAAACAAACCCUGAAUCACUCAAUUUCCCCUCACUAUAUAUGAGAAGCUAGGAUGCUUAAUUAUAUCAUGACGUUUACGGAAUUAUAUCAAUGAUAACAUCGGUCUCCAAUUAAUGGGCGUAUGAUAAUAAUUAAGUCUGUCGGACGAUAUAUAAGGAAAACCUACAUACGUUCCAAAAUAGUCAUGCUCUCUUAAUACGUUAUAAGACGAAGCGCGACGUAACUACAUAAAUAAAAUGAUCUUUAGAUAGCAUCACACUAUUUGGAUAUAUGUUUAAACACAUGCCGAUACAUAAAAAAGUAAUAUAACGUAAGCAUCUACCCUUAGUGCAACGGUAGAGUCAUUCGUGUUGCUUCAUCACGAUAGUAAAGUAGCUUCACCUCUUCGUGAAAGGUUACAUCUGAAAAAUAGAUAAUGACAAUUCUUCUCCCUCUAUAUAUGAUUAGAGCUAAACCAAUAAUUUCGUAUCUUCUUCACCUCUCUUUCUCUCUCCCUCCACAUCUUUCUAGAUUUCCCGAGAUCCUUGGAACUAGGAAUUAAACUCCGUGCCGUUUUAAAAAUUUAAAAGGGAGAGAGAUGGAGGUGAAGGGUAAAAAGGAAAAGUUUGUGCCGUUUGUGUCAAUGGUGAUAAUGGAGGCAUGCACCAUUGCUCUUACAAUAAUGGCCAAAACGGCUAUAACGGGAGGGAUGAGUCCUUUUGUGUUCGUUGUUUACACAAAUGCUUUCGGAUCUAUUCUUUUGCUUCCUUUUUCUUUCUUCUUCCACAGGAAUGACAGAACUGAAGAAUCUAUCUUUUCUUGGCCACUCCUCGUCCGUGUGUUCUUUUUAGGUUUCACCGGGAUAUUUCUGUUCCAAAACUUGGCAUUUGUGGGACUAAGCUUCAGCUCACCCAUAGUGGUAUGUGCAAUGGGAUUACUCAUUCCUUCCUUCUCCUUCUUGCUCAACCUUAUUCUUGGAAGGAGCAAGCUGGAUUGGAGAAACACGAGCACGAGAGCUAAAGUGAUGGGAACAAUAAUCUCAUUUAGUGGAGCAUUUGUUGAAGAACUGUACAAAGGUCCCUUCAUAAGACCAGCUUCGUCUCCUUCCCCAACUCGUCUUCUUAAAUCGAUCCCUAAACUCUUGGUCUACUACACCAUCCCCAACAAUUGGUUCCUCGGCUGUAUCUUUUUGGCCGCCGCUUUUUUUUCUGUCUCCCUCUUCAAUGUUAUUCAGACAGGGACGGUCAAAAAGUAUCCACACGUUAUGAAAGUGGCUUCGUUUUACAGCAUAGUCGGGACAAUCCAGUGUAUAAUAUUCUCGUUAUUUAUGGAAAGAGACCUAAGUGCAUGGAAGAUCAAACCUAACUUCGAUCUUUUCCUCAUUAUCGCCACGGGAAUAUUCGGAAAUGUGAUACGACCAAGCAUACAAGUAAAGUGUGCCCAAAUGAAAGGACCAUAUUACGUACCAUUAUUCAAACCCUUUGGUAUCUUUUGGGCAACAGUCUUUGGCACCAGCUUCUUCGUCAACAGUCUUCGCUACGGAAAUGUGUUAGGAGCAGCCAUAGGUGGUGUCGGAUAUUAUUCAGUUUCUUGGGGACAACUGAAGGAAACUGAAGAAAAACAAAAUCCAAUGGAAGAAAGAAAAGCCAUUAAACCUAUGCAUCUUCACGGAGAAGAUGAAAACAAAGUUCCACUGCUUAUUAAUCAGGAAGAAAGUCCUGUUUGAAUUCUGUAUUAUAUAUUUUCUUAAGAAGAAAAUGAGGGUCUCUUUAAUAUUUGUUGGCCCUUUAUUUGUAUGGCGUAAAUAAGAAGAAAUGCGUGUGAGCGUAUGUUCUGUCGUCAGUGUCAAUGGGAGACUGCUGAAGUAGGCUUUUUGGUCCGAAAAGCAAAAUCCACCGAAUGUAAAUGCAUGUCUUUGGAUAUCUAAAGCUCUCUAUUAUGUUCAAAUUUUGUUAUGAAUAUAUAUAAUCUCCGUGUCAUGGAUAAGAGAUAUUGAA